CGUCACGUUUGAUAGAUGAAACGUCAUUUACCUGAAUUGAACUUCAAAUCGAAGAAUAAAGAGCAACAUUUUGAAAAUUGAGUCUUUUUAUUCCUAAUAAUUAUUCUUUUUGUUAUAAGUGGUUUAUUUAACAACCUUUGUCUAUAUGGGACAUCUUGUGUGAUCUAUAUCGGAGUUGAAUGAGGGUAGCGAAAUAUUAUAAAUUAUUAAUCAACUCCUCCCCAACUAACAUGUACUAAUAGUGAUUACGCCACAAUAUUUUUUGAAACAAGCAGUCUUUUACCGAAACUCCGACAAUCUGUUCUAAAAUGCCACUGUCCCUUUUGCUUUUUGGUGCUAUAUCUUUUGUAUAUGGAGAUGAGACCACGAGGUUUGUUCGAGUCCGAGUCGACUCUUCGAAAAUACUCUCGACCACGACAUCCUCGAUAAUACCUCAUCUGGCAACGGGAUGUGCCCAACUUUGUUCACAACUCGGUUCAAAGAGUUGCAACGCCUUGAAAUGGGCCGACAACGCCGAGUGCUCCAUCUAUGUUUUGAAUCUGACUACUCCGUUGGUGUCUGAAUUGGCGCCAUUUGUGGAACUCUUGGUGGACGCUGAACAAGCUUGCCAGGUGAACACCUUAGGUUACGCCCAGGUUUCAUCUGGAACGUUUUGGAAGAAGUCCGGCAUAAUGAACCAGUCUGGAUCCGCUAACAUAUACGAGGUCACUUUCGACGUGGCCAAAGCAUUCUGUUUGGAUGAAAAUGCUGGAAUGCUCAAGUUCGAAACCCCUGAAGAUUAUGACUACUUUACCAAUUCCACAAAUGCAAAUUCUCGCCCUUGGGUGGGACUGACCAAUCCAAGUGGAGAAUCUUGUAAUGAUGAGACCUGUAAUGGCAAAUUGAGAUGGGAGGAUGGCACUGCAUUCACUUUCAAUUCAAAAGGCGGCAAUAGCGUUGCAAUUAACACGGGACAAACUUGUUUCGGUGCUCAAAAUAAUGCCAAUGGAGAUGUGCGGAUUACCUCGAUGCCUUGUAAUUGGCAUCGAACCUUCUAUUGUCGCAAAGUUUGCCCUUUGAUAUAACAACAUUUCAAUGCGUUUUGGGGAUCUGUUAGUCCUUGAAUUGGAGUGUGGAAAAAUCCAAACAAUAUGUAUAAUGUUUUGCCUUUAACUAAGUCCAUCACGAAGCAUUUCAUGGAGGUUCAGUGAGAUGAAAUGAGCGGUCUCAUUGGACCUUGUUCAAAAAUGUCCCCAAAAAUCUUUA